ACGCGCCACAACAAAGGUGUGAAAUUACGCUCAGUAUUAAGCAGUUUUGACUUCGGAUUAAAGAUUGAUAAUUAGGUGCGAAUUAUAGUGUUGGGACCAACAGAAUCACUUCGAAUUAAUGAUUUCUUCGGUUUAACGAAGUUUGGAUUAACAAUGAAAUUUUACAUUAAACAAACAAGAAUCAAAAUCGGGACCAGAAAAAUACUUCGAAAUAACGGUGACGUCGGAUUAUCGGUGUUUGAAAUAACGGUGUUGAAGUGUAUGUCUAUCCGUAGUAUCAGUCCUGUUAACGAAUACAAACGAAUGUUGGAAGUUUACAAAUACAAAAACAUGCAUGUGUUACAUGUUAAUCUAUAGUUAAUUGUGUUUUCUUAGACAUUACAACAAAAGCUACAUUAAAAUCAGCAAUUUUUUGGACAAAAUACUGGAUAGACUUAGCUCCUUAAAAAUUUGCCAUGUAAACACUCUAGAGGCCACAUUUAAUAUCUGAUCUUCAUGAAACUUAGUCAGAACAUUUUUCCCAAUGAUAUCUUGAACAAGUUCAAAAAUGGUUUCAGUUGGUUGAAAACAUGGCUGCAAGGGGGGCAGAGCAUUUUUCGUUAUAUGGCUAUAGUAAAAUCAUGUUAACACACACUAGAGCCCACAUUUAAUAAUGUCAGAUCUUCAUAAAACUGGGUUAAAACAUUGUCCCGAUAAUAUCUUGGAUGAGUUAGAAAAUGGGUUCUGGUUGGAUGAAUAGUGACAUUUAUUGUCAAGUCUUUAUUGAACUUAGUCAGAACAUUUGUUCUAAUGAUAUCUUGGGCUCCUUAGAACAGGUUAGUGUUCUGGACAACGUGCACAAGUCAGAAAACAAAGACUCUUUAUCACAUAUGGAUCUGAUAAAUUCUACGAGAAAAAUGUGUACAAAUAUCACCUCUGCAGACGUUUCAAAAGAGGCAGUGUCAGUUCUUCGAAGAGCAUCAACAGACCAGUGCAAAAACAACAUCAUGAAAGUGGCCUGUUUAAACCAGGCCUCACAGCUGUACCCUAUGAAACUUCCUAACAAGUGUCCACUGAAAGGUAAUUACACUGGCGGGCAAUACCUUGGCUGCUUCAGAGACAACCAGCAAGACCGGGACCUGGCCAAUCACAAUACUAAGUUCCCCAAGGAUAACUCGCCUCAGAUAUGUGUGGAAUAUUGUAUCACUGGAGGGUACCAGUAUGCUGGUGUACAGUACAAGAAUGAGUGCUGGUGUGGGAACAAGUUCGGCAAGCAUGGUUCCCUGUCUGAAACCCUCUGCAGCUCUGAAUGUCCAGGGAACAAGACUGAAACAUGUGGAGGUUAUAAUGCACAAAGAGUGUUUGCUACAGGCCUUCCUGCAAGGUCUUUCAUGCCGGCCAUGCUGGUUCACAAUGCCAGUGAGGUGCAGGGGCAACAGGACGUGAGGGUGGUGUUUGUCCUCACUGUGAACGGGCGUGCAGUGAGGCAGGUGCACAGGCUCAUCAACACACUCUACCACCCUAGGCAUUACUUCUAUAUUCAUGUGGAUAGUAGGUCCGAGUAUAUGUACAGAGAGUUACUGCCCUUAGAAAGCCAGCUGGCUAACGUUCGCCUUACCCGGGAGCGAUUUGCCACCAUAUGGGGAGGUGCCAGUCUGUUGCAGGCUCACCUGUCCUUCAUGAGGUCUCUGUUAGAAAUGACAGACUGGUAUUGGGACUAUUAUAUCAACCUCAGCGAGUCUGACUAUCCUCUCAAGCCUAUGCAGCAGCUGACAUGGUUUCUGAACAAGUACAAAGGUUACAACUUCCUGAAGUCAAAUGGGAGGGAAACACACGAGUUUAUGAAGAAGCAAGGUCUGGAGUACCUGUUUUAUGAGUGUGACAAUCACCUGUGGCGUAUAGGAACCAGUCCGAUACCCCUCGGGAUUCGCGUUGAUGGUGGCAGUGAUUGGCUGGGACUCUAUCGGGACUUCAUACGCUACGCCGUUUAUGGGCAAGACCCUCUUGUGUUGGGCUUGGAGGAGUUCUACAAGUACUCCUUGCUUCCAGUUGAGUCGUUUUUCCACACACUGCUGGCAAACAGCGAGUUUUGCUCAUGGGUAGUGGACAACAAUCUUCAUGCUACCAACUGGAAACGCAAGCAGGGCUGCAAGUGUCAGCACAAGAACCAGGUCGACUGGUGUGGGUGUUCACCCAAUGUGUUUAAGUCAGAAGAUCUCAACAAGCUACUGGGGUACAAAGGGAAGGCAACUUUCUUUGGUCGCAAGUUUGAGCCGGUCAUCAAUCAAGAUAUCAUUAAUACCCUUGACUCCUUGAACGGCAGAGAUAUCUCAGAGGAGCCAGGUUUAAUCCACUAUUGGGAGAAUGACUAUCACUAUCAAGACAAGCUCAAUGACCGUACAGAUACUUGGAGGUCGUUCAUGGAAUCUAUGGUGCACAGAACACAGAGCAUCAUGGCUCACGCUCAGGAAUCCUGCUCCUUGUUCAAUAUUAACAUUAUUGAAUCUCAUAUUCUGAAUGUUGCUGACAGCUUUUACAGGUAUCUGAUCAAGUUUAAUGCGACAUUGCCAUCUCGUCCUGACCCAGUCACAUUGGAGAGCCAGUACAACUACAAGUCUACCUACAAAAUACUCAACCCUGACGGGCCUAUUGGCCGGCUGAUCACUCUAGAGGUAGGGUCUGACUAUGACUUAAAAGAAUUAAUUUUCCGCAACUACGCACGGUUUCUCGGCCCCAACAGUGAUGUUAGACUUCGUCUUGUGUGGCGUUACGGGGGUGUUUUCAACAUGGCAGUGGCUUGGAUUGACCCAUCUGGAGUUGUUGCAUCCUAUGAAAAUGUGACUGUAGGAAAAGAAUCUCUUAUUGAUGUUCAUAAUCCAAAUUUAAAAAGACCUUUACGGCCGGGUGUGUGGACCGUUAAUCUGAUAUAUUCAGAAAAAAUCUGUGCAGAAUUGAAGUUUCUUGUUGUGCCAUAUUCCAGGUAUAAAGGGCAAGAAAUCACUACAGUAUUAGCCAGUCAGUUACAUAAUGGACCCAGUGGCUCUUACUCACCCAGAAAUGCAUCUAAUCCAGUGUACAAAUACCAUAUAGAUAAUGCUAUUGAAUUACAUGAGAAAUCUGUGAUAAAUGGAAGGAAGAUGGGAGAGGAUUUGAGGAUGUGGAUUGACGAAUUGACUGCUCAGUUUUGGUCUGUUGAGGACGCAUGCACUGUGGUCAACGUUGAGCCGGUAUGUUCACAGUUGGAGUUGUGUCAUGAAACUACAUGGAGCUCACUUUCCCCAGACCCAAAGACACAGAUAUCUUUGAAAUACAUGAACAAGUCUAAAAUAAACUAAAUUUUGUUAAAUUCAACUUUUUCUGCAUAUCAUGGUGCUAUUAUAUAUCAUCUGUUUGAUAACUUAUUUUAUGAGCAGAUGUAAAAUUAAAAAAAAUGUUUCUGACAUCAUGCCUUAUUGAACAAUCAAAAUAAUUUACUGCUGUUUUCAUUUUUUGUUUUACUUUGUAUGCGUUUAUUUUUGUUUACUGCAAAUAUUUGUUACAAGUGGAAAUGCAGUUAUAAAGCUCCUACUAUGUAUUGAAAUGGCUAUGUGCUGUCUCUGAUUUAGAACUCAGGAACAUCAAUAUGCUUUUACACUGAAAACAAAUAUACGGUAUGGAUUUAUAUUUAGUAUUACAAAAAUGGUAGUUUUGUAUACAUGAACAUGUGCAUAUAUAAAAAUACAGAAUUACAUGUAUUCUUGCUUUAAAAACAAAUAUUCUCAAUCACAGAGAUUGUCUGAUAUAUUGACUAUUGGUAUCCCUUGUUCUUAUGUACCUUUUAUUGUUUUCUGCUAGUAUUUUAAGAAUUUAAUUUUGAUAAAUCGAGUGUAAGACUAAUGACGGUACUGAUUAUGACAAUGCAUUCUAAUUAAUCAGCAUUGACUUGUACAUUUUCCAUAUCAGCUAAUGGCUAGAAAUGUCCACAUUUAGCUAAAUACGUUUCUGUUUGGCUGCAAGAUUUGCUAAUGAAAUCCUAGGAAAUAUUCAAAAUGAGACAUUUUUUACAAAAAGGGUUAAUUUGGAUUCGGAAAUUUGAAAUCAGGAUGGCUAAGAUAUACAUAUAUAUGUAUAUAUGUGUGUGUGUAUCAGUUUAUCAGGGUCGGUUUAUUUGAAUUACAAUGUAUUUGAUUGAUAUGCAAUGUUUAAAAAAAAUGUUCUUUCAUUAUUCAUUGUGUUGCUAGUCAUUGUAAUAAUUUUGCCUUAAAUGACCCAGAACAGCAAGUGUUUACGGUAGCUGUAAUUACAUUUUCAUUGUAAUUUGCUAGAUGUAGUUUUGUAUUUGCUAAAGUCUAACUAUGAUUGGAGAGGUUCACAUACUGAAUUUUUAGCUCGGCUGUUUUCGGAGAAAACCAGAUGUAUUGUCAUAGCCAGCUCGUUGUGUCGUCCUCCGUCCGCGUCGUGCUAAAACCUUGACAUUUUGCUCUUAAUCAAAGUGCUUCCACCUACAACUUUGAAACUUCAUAAGUAGGUGCACCUUGAUGAGUUCUACACGCCACACCCAUUUUUGGGUCACCAGGUCAAAGGUCAAGGUCACUAUGACCUCUUAAAAAAAUACUCUGACAAGCUUUCAUUGAUUCAAAACUGCACCGCAGCCAAGCGUUGGUACCCGUUUUACGGUGUUCUUGAUUAAUUAUUCUUGUAAACAUCAUACGUAUUUUUAAAUUUACAUUUGGGAACAGUCUAAUUGUUUUUUUCAAGUAGAUGCUGAAAAAAAUAAUUUGAAAGACUCUUGUCAAAUGUAAAUGAAAUAUUUGUUCUAUUACCGACUUCUUGAAAAAAAAUCCACACCAUAAAGUAAAAUAGUUGUAAUGAUAAUAACCUUAAUGCUGUGCUUUGCGCAGCAUUCAUCAAGAAUGUUUCCUGCUUGUUUCAACAAAUUGGUUAACAAUAUGAAACGCAGAAGUGAAAUUUAUAAAGUGAAGAAGAUAAUAAAAUCAAAUGAUGCAUGCUGUACCACAAAUUGUACAUUGUUUAUGGUCCUGAUUGUUUAGAUUCAACCCAAAUGAAUUACAUUUUACUUUAAUUGAAUGUGUUAUCAUUGUAUAAAAUACAUGUGCAGUUUAAUUUUGAUAUUAUUUAUAGUAUUUAUUGUAUGCUUCUACUUUGGUCCCAUUUGACUUAUCUGAUUUGUAAUGCUGGCAUAUGUUUUUGUAUGUAUUACAUAUUGAUUAUUUUUAUCAAUUGAUUAUUUGAGUAGGAAUGUCAACGAAAUCCGCCAUCACAUUUUCUGUUUACAUGGUUUAUAGCUUAGAGACAGAUACCUGACCCUGAUGAAUUAUGUGAGCAUAAUUAUUCAUACUUUACUAACCACAGAGUAAACCAUUAUAUGCGAUAAACGUUACAUCCUUUGCCUUUUUAUUAGCUCAUCUAUUUUUUGAAACAAAAUUAUGAGCUGUUGUCAUCACCUUGGCGUCAGGUUCUGCGUCGGCGUCCGGUUAAGUUUUGUCUUAGGUCCACUUUUCUCAGAAAGUAUCAAUGCUAUUGCAUUCAAACUUGGUACACUUACUUACUAUCAUAAGGGGACUGGGCAGGCAAAGUUAGAUAACUCUGGCGUGAAUUUUGACAGAAUUAUGUGCCCUUUUUAUACUUGGAAAAUUGAAAAUUUGGUUAAGUUUUGUGUUAAGGUCUACUUUAUUCCUAAAGUAUCAAAGCUUUUGCUUUCAUACUUGCAACACUUACUAACUAUCUUAAGAGGGCUGUGCAGGCAAAGUUGCAUAACUCUGGUUGUCAUUUUGACGGAAUUAUGGCCCUUUUUUUACUUAGUAACUUUGAAUAUAUGGUUAAAUUUUGUGUUUAGAUCCACUUUACUUCUUAAGUAUCAAGGCUAUUGCUUUCAAACUUCAAAUACUUUCAUGCUAUCAUGAGGGUACUGUACCUGGCAAGUUGAAUUUUACCUUGACCUUUGAAUGACCUUGACUAUCAAGGUCAAAUUAUUAAAGUUUGCUAGAAUUGCCAUAACUUCUUUAUUUAUGAUUAGAUUUGAUUGAUACUUUGAAAUAACAACUCUUACCUGACAUACCACAAUAGACUCCACCCAAACCAUCCCCAAUGCCCCCCCCCCCCCACCCCAGAA